AUGGCAUCAACCACAGAGCCCAAGGUCGCUGAGCCCGAACAGUCCACCCCAAAUGAACAGCAGAAGCCCGAGCAGAAGCACCUGGCCCUAGGCGAAGACGACGAGUUCGAAGACUUCCCCGUCGACGACUGGCCCGCCGACCAAACCGAAGCCGCCCAGCGCAACGGCGAAACCAAGCACCUAUGGGAGGAGAGCUGGGACGACGACGACACAAGCGACGACUUUUCGAAUCAGCUCAAGUGGGUGGUUGGCUCUCUCUUAGUUUCUACCCUUCUCCUCACAGCGCUGUCCCUCGAUUUCCGUCCCCGUCGUCGCUUUCGAUGA